CAGACCAGAGAGAAUUAUAAAUAAGGGUUAGCCGGCGAGAUAAAAAUGUUCAUUAAUAAGUAAUGGUUUAAUAUCCUGUGAUAAAUACAUGAAGAGCAAACAAAAGUAAUAGUCACGAUGGGAUGCUGAAAACAAAGGCUUCGUAAUUCCCGCGGUACAGCAUAAAGACACUCUUUGUAUUCGGACACCGGGAAGUAGUGGGUCGGAGGGUGCAAUCCGGCGCUAUUGGGGUUGAGAAGCGUGAAAUUUAGUGAAACAUCAUUAAGUACGUCAUUGAUCGAGCCCUGUAUUUUGAGAUACUACGCAUAUACUCUCUGAUCGGGCGUUACCUUGAUUUUUAAGUGUCUGGAACUGAAAAACAUUGAAACUGUGCCAGAGUAACGCCAUUUAUUUCGCCCCGUAGUCCCAUCUCGUCUGCCAGUAAUGUCAGUGGCGUUUGUUCAAAGAGGGAGAGGGCCGCCAAAUGCGGCCCAAAUUCAGAAGAUGUUGGAUGAAAACAGUCAUCUCAUUCAGACAAUUCAAGAGUACCAGAACAAGGGGAAAGUUCAAGAAUGUAUGCAAUAUCAGCAGAUUUUGCAUCGGAACUUGGUGUAUCUUGCUUCCAUAGCUGAUGCCAAUCAAAAUAUUCAAGCUCUUUUACCUCCUCCAGGAGGACCUCAGAUGGGUAUGCAUGGACCAGGAGGGCAAGGAGGUCCCCCAGGUCCUCCAGGACCUCCUCAGGGGCUUGGAGCGGACAUGACUCCUGGAUCACAAGGGCCUAUGCCUGGAUUUGCUCAACAGCAAGGGGUAUAUAGAGGACAAAUGAUGCCUGGGCAGCAAGGAAUUCCUCAACUAGUCUUAUGUCUUGAUAAUAAAUAUGAAUUUCAUUAUGUUCUGCUUCAGGGCCAGGCAUAUGCGCCUCCUGUCCCUCAGCAGCAACAGCAAGGACCCCCUCAGCCACAGGGUGGUUAUGGAGGUGGAGUGCAACCAUCUGGAUAUGGAGGACCUCCUUCUUCGCAACCACAGAGUUACGGAGGGCCACCACCAUCACAGCCCCCAAAUUAUGGCCCGCCUCCUACAACAACAUCUGUGGGAAGCAGCCCUGGUUAUGGUGGACCUGCAGGCUCUCAGCAGCAAACAGGUUAUGGAAGUGGUCCCCCUGGACCAGGUCAGCAACCAGGAUAUGGUCCUCCAAUACCAGGGCAGUCUCAACAAGCAGGAUAUCCACCCAAUUCCACUGCUCAGCCUGGAAGUUAUGGGCCUGGAGGUGGCCAGCCAGCUUACGGAACAUCAAGUUCACAGACAAGUUAUGGAUCUGUAUCACAGUCAUCAACUCAAACAGGUCAGAGUGGUACAUAUAGUAGUGCAAGUGGUGGCCCAGGUAGUAACUCCUACCAACCUCCUAGUCAGCAACAGCAGCCUCCACCUCCCCCACCACAAAGCCAGCCUCAGUCUGGUUACAACAGCAGUAGUUCUCAACAGGGGAGCUAUCCUCCGACAACACAAUCCCAAGGCCAGCAACCACCAUCCCAACAGGGACCUGGAGGCUAUGUCAACCAGGCAAGUCCAGGGCCAGGAUAUGGACCUUCAUCCACAGCUUCCCCACCUUUCACAGGACCUCCACAAACUGCAUAUUCUCAGACUGGCAUUACUACAAUGGCUCCUUCAGCCUCUACCCAGACCUAUCCACAAGGACCUACAAGUUCAACUGGCCAACAGAGCUACCCUCCAUCAUCUCAACCUAGCGGUGGAUAUCCUCCAGCACCCCAGCAACAGAAUGCUAAUCCUCAAGCUGCAUUCCAGCCCCCUCAGUCACAGCCCUCCCCACAAGGCCCGCCUCCGAGUUCGAAUCAGCCACAACCGCCCAGUAGCUAUGGACUUCCUCCUCCUCAGUCUCACCCUGCUACCACACAGACCUAUGUUCCCCAACAAGGACCACAAGGUCAACCCCAGAAUUAUCCUCCUCAGCAUGGCUAUCCAUCUCAUGCUCAACAAGGGUAUGGUCCUCAGUCAUAUCCUCCACCUCCCACUCAGGGAGGAUAUCCACAGUAUCCUCGCCCUCCUCAAAUGCCUCCUCCCGGACCCCAAGGCCCUCCUCCUCAGAGUCAGUAUGGGUAUGAUCAGAGCCGGUUUCCCGGAUACCAGCCACCUCCCCAGUAAUUCAUGUGUAAAGUUAAAGUUGUAUACUUCUGGAUAAUCGGUUGUUUUGUGUUUACAUUUAUUGUACCAAAAAAAUGUUUAACAUAGAAUUAAAUGGUUGUGGAAUUUGUUCCGAUGUAGUUAUUGAGAAUCGACAACACAUAUUCCCUAAAAUAUACUUUUUGUAUUUAUUUUUGAAUCUUUUGUUUGUAUUAUACUGUAUCAAAUUCAGGCAUGUAGGUGUCCUUUUUAAAUAAAUAUUGUGAACAUUUCUGAUGUUUUUGAUUUACUAGAGAAGAGUGGCAGAACUUUGUGGAGAUAUAGUUAACAUGUUCUUAGAACUUAUCAAAAAUAAUACGUUUAAAG